GACACCACGACCCAGAAAAGGUACAAAACCCACCUCACUUUUCCCACUCUUUCUUCAACCACAUCACUCAUUACACACACCCACAUAAAUCGAAACAUCCUUGUACGCCAAAUGUAUACAGAAAAUUGUAAUAAAUAUCCCGUCACAUGCAUGUAUCUCUUCUCCGGGUAUAUAAAGACUGGAUCUUUGGAAGCUUAGAGGCAAGAGAAAUGGUGGGUUUGAAGGUUGGGAGUAGGCCGCCGUGGGUAGGUCUUGGAGCUGCUGUUUGGGUGCAAAUAGCGUCUGGGAAUGCGUACAACUUCCCUCUGUACUCCCACUCGCUGAAAUCCGUUCUGGGCUUCAACCAAAGGCAGCUGACUCUGCUUGGGGUGGCGAAUGACAUUGGUGAGAACGUGGGCUUGUUGCCUGGGGUGGUGUGCAAUAAGUUCCCGCCGUGGGUUGUUCUCUUGGUUGGUGGUUUUUCUUGUUUCUUUGGUUAUGGGGUUCUUUGGCUUGCCCUCUCCAAGACUCUGAUUUCCGUACCUUAUUGGGUGUUAUGGUUUGCAUUAUGUAUUGCAACAAACAGUAGUGCUUGGUUCAGCACGGCAGUCCUCGUCACUAACAUGAGAAACUUCCCUCUUAGUCGGGGCACAGUUGCUGGUAUUCUUAAAGGCUAUGGGGGGCUUAGUGCUGCCGUGUAUACUGAAAUUUACAGUGUUUUGCUGAACAGCUCUUCCCCUAAGCUAUUGCUGUUCCUUGCACUUGGAAUUCCUGCACUCUGUCUUAUGAUGAUGUUCUUUGUCAGGCCUUGUACUCCAGCUUCUGGAGAUGAUUCGUCAGAACAUUGCCAUUUUCUUUUCAUUCAAGCUGCUAGUGUAGUUCUUGGCGUAUAUGUUCUUACAACGACCAUUUUAGAUGAUGUGCUGUCUUUAAGUGCUCCUGUUGCCUAUUGUUUUCUUCUUGUUAUGGUGGUCCUCCUUAUGGCUCCACUAGCUAUCCCUGUGAAGAUGACUUUCUACCCGUCCAAUCGCAGCAAGUCGGCCUUACAUGGCAAGGUGGUUGUACCUGCAGAUCCUUCGUUGGUUCAAGACAACGCUAGUGCUGACAAAAUGGAACCACUUCUAGAGCCAUCUUCAUCCAGAACAAACCUUGGAAGCUUUCAUGAAAGUGACGACAUAUCUGAGGUAGACAUGCUUCUUGCUGAAGGAGAAGGUGCGAUAAAGAAAAGGAGGAGACCUAGAAGAGGCGAAGACUUCACAUUUGCUGAAGCUAUGAUAAAAGCUGAUUUUUGGCUUUUGUUCUUGGUAUACUUUUUCGGGGUCGGAUCUGGUGUCACUGUUCUCAAUAACUUGGCUCAAAUAGGAAUAGCUCAAUAUAUGCAUGACACGAAGGUCCUCUUAUCCCUCUUCAGCUUCUGCAAUUUCGUCGGUCGGCUCGGUGGAGGUGUUAUCUCUGAGUAUCUUGUCAGAUCCAAAGCAAUUCCGAGGACCAUUUGGAUGACAAUCACACAAGUAAUAAUGGUAUUUACAUACCUUCUCUUUGCAUCAGCUAUUAACGGCACUCUUUUCGCUGGAACUUCGCUGCUUGGUAUCUGCUACGGCGUUCAAUUUUCUAUCAUGGUUCCAACAGCUUCUGAACUUUUUGGCCUUAAGAACUUCGGUUUGUUCUUCAAUUUCAUGUCCCUGGGUAAUCCACUUGGUGCUUAUCUUUUCUCGGGUCUGCUUGCCGGCUUUGUAUACGAUAAUGAGGCAGCAAAGCAGCACUCUGCGACUUGCUUGGGCCCGACCUGUUUUAGGCUUACGUUCCUUGUUCUGGCCGGAGCCUGCAUCAUCGGUACCAUGCUUAGCAUAGUAUUGACCAUGAGGAUUUUACCAGUUUACAAAAUGCUCUAUGCCGGGGGCUCCUUCAGGCUACCUCAGAGUUCAAACCGUUGAGACGAAAGAAUGGAAACUUUCAAUAGGCUGCUGGCAUGCACCUUGUAAGUAUGUACCCAAACAAUCAAUCGUUACGUUAUGAUGUUCAUAUGAUAACAUUAUCUGCAUCGGCUUGAGAUUUUUGCUAGAAGAGCCUGCUAUUGUUUUAGGCGACUCACACCAGAUAUUGUGAGCUACAAGUCCUCGGAAGACGAGUGUAUAUUUUGGUUUCCUACUUUCUGGAGAAACAACACUAGUCAUAAUUUUGUCUGAUGGUUUAAUGUUUUCGUCCUCUGUCCUCUGUCCUCUGUCCUCUGUCCUCUGUCCUCUGUCCUCUGUCGUUUACGGGUAAGAAUUAGUAGCAGUUCAGGUCUAUAUUUGAUAUGUAUUGAUCAGAAAACCUCCAUUGCACUAUAAGGUUCAGGCAGCAAUUCUUGAUUGUCAGCAAUGACAAACAAGACCGAGUCUUUGGGAGACGGCCUAUCGCGUCUGUAAUCUGAGCGCUGCAGUGCCUCCACUGCAAGAGUCCUCGUGCUUCUGUCGUCAAUAAGGUGGCCAUCGCCUUCUAAGUAACA